AUGUGCACAUUAGACUGGUUCUCCCUCCGGACGUGGGCCUGCGUCAUCGCGACCUGCAAUCAGGUCGUAUUCAAGCGGCUGGGAGGAGGCGGUAUCUCGUCCCAGCAGGUGUUUCACGGACGCAUCAGCGAGCAACGGAUCCUUGUCGGGAACAACGCCAACGACGGCGUCCCCCUCAGCGACCCCACAGUUGUCGACGGCCAGGGGUUCGACGCGCACCUCAACCUCACAUUCCCAAACUUGACAGCCGACGACAAAGCAGCGCCGAACAGGGUCUACCGGACCAAAUGGACAGAACAGGCAAAUACCGGCAUCGGCUUCGACACUCUCGGAAACAGCGGCCCAACAGUCCUAGACCAUUCGGGGAUGGCAACGGGCCUGCAACAAACAGUCUUCAACGUCUACGCCGAAGCGAGAUUUGAUUGUCCUGCGCAAUAG